ACUUUGCAUCUGGUUGAGAGCAGGUUGGAGGAGGGUUUAAAGCCAGGUGCGCGGAGUCAGCUCGCCAUGUCCAGAUCCGGGGACAGGACCUCCACCUUCGACCCCAGCCACAGCGACAACCUGCUGCACGGCCUCAACCUGCUGUGGAGGAAGCAGCUGUUUUGCGACGUGACCCUGACGGCCCAGGGCCAGCAAUUCCACUGCCACAAGGCCGUGCUGGCCUCCUGUUCCCAGUACUUCCGAUCGCUCUUCUCCAGCCACCCCCCUCUCGGGGGAGGGGUCGGCGGUCAGGACGGCCUGGGGGCCCCCAAGGACCAGCAGCAGCCACCGCAGCAGCAACAGCCACAACAGCAGCCGCCGCCGCCGCCGCAGGAGGAUCCCGGGACGCCUUCCUCCUCCCCCGACGACAAGCUGCUGACCAGUCCCCGGGCCAUCAACAACCUGGUGCUGCAAGGUUGCUCGUCCAUAGGACUGCGGCUAGUGCUCGAGUACCUCUACACGGCCAAUGUGACCCUCUCCCUAGACACAGUGGAGGAGGUGUUGUCGGUCAGCAAGAUCUUGCACAUCCCCCAGGUCACCAAGCUCUGCGUGCAGUUCCUCAACGACCAGAUCUCGGUGCAGAACUACAAGCAGGUGUGCAAGAUUGCCGCGCUGCACGGCCUGGAGGAGACCAAGAAGCUGGCCAACAAGUACCUGGUGGAGGAUGUGCUGCUGCUUAACUUCGAAGAGAUGCGCGCCCUGCUGGACUCGCUGCCGCCCCCCGUGGAGUCGGAGCUGGCGCUUUUCCAGAUGUCCGUGUUGUGGCUGGAGCACGACCGCGAGACCCGCAUGCAGUACGCGCCUGACCUCAUGAAGCGCCUCCGCUUCGCGCUCAUCCCAGCCCCAGAGCUGGUGGAGCGGGUCCAGUCAGUGGAUUUCAUGCGCACCGACCCGGUCUGUCAGAAGCUGCUGCUGGACGCCAUGAACUACCACCUGAUGCCCUUCAGGCAGCACUGCCGGCAGAGCCUGGCCAGCAGAAUUCGCUCUAACAAGAAAAUGCUGUUGUUGGUUGGAGGGUUGCCUCCUGGACCGGACCGGCUCCCCAGCAAUCUGGUUCAGUAUUAUGAUGAUGAAAAGAAGACAUGGAAAAUACUCACAAUUAUGCCAUACAACAGUGCCCACCACUGUGUUGUGGAGGUGGAAAACUUCUUGUUUGUGCUGGGUGGAGAAGACCAGUGGAACCCCAAUGGAAAGCACAGUACAAAUUUUGUCAGUCGAUAUGAUCCCCGAUUUAAUAGCUGGAUUCAACUUCCACCUAUGCAAGAAAGAAGAGCCAGUUUCUAUGCAUGUCGGUUGGACAAACAUUUAUAUGUUAUUGGUGGAAGGAAUGAGACUGGCUACUUGUCCAGUGUGGAGUGUUAUAACCUAGAAACAAAUGAAUGGCGUUAUGUGUCCUCAUUGCCACAGCCUCUAGCAGCUCAUGCGGGAGCAGUGCACAAUGGAAAAAUAUACAUUUCAGGAGGUGUUCACAAUGGAGAAUAUGUCCCAUGGCUAUACUGCUAUGACCCUGUAAUGGAUGUCUGGGCUCGAAAACAAGAUAUGAACACAAAACGCGCCAUCCACACUUUGGCUGUAAUGAAUGAUCGCUUGUAUGCAAUUGGAGGAAAUCAUUUGAAAGGUUUCUCCCACCUCGAUGUCAUGCUUGUGGAAUGCUAUGACCCAAAAGGUGACCAGUGGAACAUUCUCCAGACUCCUAUUUUGGAAGGCCGAAGUGGGCCUGGCUGUGCAGUGCUUGAUGACAGCAUUUACCUUGUUGGUGGUUACAGCUGGAGUAUGGGGGCCUACAAGUCAUCUACAAUAUGCUACUGUCCAGAGAAAGGAACCUGGACAGAACUUGAAGGAGAUGUAGCAGAACCGCUUGCAGGCCCCGCGUGUGCAACCGUUAUCCUGCCCGCCUGUGUACCGUACAACAAGUAACGUCAAGAGACCCUGGAAUGGACAGUAUCACAUUCUGGGAAGCAGUGACAGAUGACAUCACCAUUAUAAUGGAACCGUACAUUCUAAUGAUACAACUGCCCAAACCCACCCUUGGUUUCUAAUGAGAGAUUUACAAAUAACCACAAAUGAAAGUGGCCUGUUCUUGAACAGGUACUGAUCACACCAAACUUCCCGUGGUGACAGACUCUUCCAUUUCAGACUGGUUUUAAAUGUGUCCCAGCUUUACAAAAACUUCUCACCUGGAUUUUAACUUUUCAAAAGGAGAAUUAUAAAACACUGAAGACUUCCCCCAGAGAAACCUAAGAUCAGUAUUGUGCAUUGUAGUCUACCUGCAUGUGAUCUAUGUUGACGUUU